AAUUAAAAAUAAUCCUUUUUCAAUUUUCCAACUUACAAACCCUCUCCUAUAUAAAAUAAAAGUCUCAUCAGGACGACGAAACCAUCCGCCCUCUCUUCAGAAAUCAAAGCCUCGCCAAUAUCUGCAAAAAUGUCCAGCUCAUCGGAGUAUUCUGGAGUUUCCGGCCAAAAUCCGGUGAAGUCGCCGGAGAUCUCCACGUUUUCCCAGACUUGUAAUCGGUUGAGCCAAUACCUCAGAGAAAACGGUUCCUUCGGUGACCUCACCCUCGGCAUAACAAAACGCAACCCCGCCCCUGAAACACACGGGUCACCUGAGAACUCAUGCUAUUCUGCAACAACCAUGGAGUUAUUUCCCACAAAGGAGAACAAUAAUGUGACAACCAUGGAUCUUCUUUAUCCACGUGCUCCUGCUUAUGCAAACACAAGGUAUGCGUGUUUCUUGUUGCUUUUCAUGCACCGCACCGUUUCUUUUCUGCGUUUAACAAAAUUACUCAUGUGCAGUGCAUUGAAGGAUGGUAAAGGUGCACAGUUAACAAUCUUUUAUGGUGGAGAAGUGAUGGUGUUUGAUGACAUUCCUGCUGAGAAAGCGGAGGAGAUUCUGUCCUUGGCUAAAAGAGGGAACUCUUGUGCAUGCGCUUCUACUCAGCACACCCGGCCUUACUUGUUUCAACCCCACUCCCAGCUACAGUCCGCACCUGUUGUUGGUGAUCUACCUAUUGCAAGGAAGGCUUCGCUGCAUCGCUUCCUGGAGAAGAGAAAGGAUAGAAUUGCUUCAAAAGCACCAUAUCAAAGCAGCAGCCCCGUCUCGGUCCCUAAUAAAGCAGCUGAGUCGUCUAUGGCAUGGCUUGGGUUAGGAGCUUAAUCAACACACUAUCAAAAGCAGUUUUGUUCAUAAUUGGUGGACUGCUCAAUUAGGCUUUUUGUUAUUUUGGUUUCACCCUAUCCCCACUGCUAUAUAUCAAGACUAAGACAAAUAUACAUCUAACUUUAUUCCUAUUUAGCUUCUGCCUAGUUAUUUCUUUCCUUGUAAUUAUUAGUAUCUCAAACAUUUUGGAUUCAAUACUAUUUCAUUCCAUUUCUUUUA